CCGAUGCCGCCGCUGCCCCGCCCACCGACCUCGGCCGCACCAGCUCGUGCCCCGGUUCAACCCCCGUGCCCUCGCCAGAUCGCCGCCGUCGUGCUGAACCACCCGUCGUCAGCCCUUACCCCCGCCUCGACGCGCUCCCUCUCGGCGUCCCUCCUCGCCGUCGCGCCGGCGCUCCCGACCUCCGUGGCCGACUCCGUCCUCAAGCUGCUCUGGCAUCACGCGCCGCGCGCGCUCCUGUUCUUCCACUCGCUGCUCCACCUCCCGGGGCAAGCGCACGCCGUGGCCCCCUCCACGCUCGACCUCGCGCUCGACCUCUCCGCUCGCCUCCGCCGCCCGCGCCAGCUCACCAACUCCAUCCUCGACCUCUUCCCGCGCCACCGCCUCGCCUUCACCCCGCGCACCUUCCCCAUCCUCUUCGAGCGCCUCGCCGUGUCGCAGCGCCGGCCCGACCUCGCCGUCCGCCUCUUCCUCUCGCUCCACCGCUCCCACCGCGUCGCGCAGGACCUUGCGUUGUUCAACUCCCUCCUCGACGCUCUGUCCAAAUCGCGUCACGCGGGCAAGGCCGCCUCCCUCGUCCGCGCUCUCGAGCAGCGGUUCACCGCCGACGUGGUGACGUACAACACGCUCGCCGAUGGAUGGUGCCGCGUUAAGGACACUUCCCGUGCGCUGGACGUGCUGCGGCAGAUGGUCGAGUCCGGCAUUGCCCCAACGAAGACCACCUAUAACAUCGUUCUUAAAGGCUUCUUCCGUGCUGGACAAUUACAGCACGCAUGGGACUUCUUCCUCCAGAUGAAGAAGAGGGGGAGUAGAGACGAGAGCUGCAAGCCUGACGUCGUCUCGUACACUACCAUGGUUCAUGGGUUGGGUGUUGCCGGGCAGCUGGAGAAAGCUCGCAAAGUGUUUGAUGAAAUGUCUAAGGAAGGGUGCACGCCAUCAGUUGCUACCUACAAUGCACUUAUUCAGGUUAUCUGUAAGAAGGCUAAUGUGGAGGAUGCAGUGAUGGUGUUUGAUGACAUGCUUGUAAAGGGCUAUGUCCCUAACGUGGUUACAUACACCGUGUUGAUCCGAGGCCUCUGCCAUGCUGGGAAGAUUGACCGAGGUUUGAACCUGUUGGAGAGGAUGAAGAAUGGAGGCUGCGAACCUGUCGUUCAGACAUACAAUGUUCUUAUAAGGUAUUCAUGUCAGGAAGGAGAAAUGGAGAAGUGUUUAGAUUUGUUCGAGAAGAUGAGUAAAGGAGAGGAGUGCCUCCCCAACCAAGACACAUACAAUAUCAUAAUAAGUGCUAUGUUUAUACGCAAGAGGGCUGAGGACAUGGUACUGGCCGCGAGGAUGGUGGAAGAAAUGGUGGAUAGAGGUUAUCUGCCUAGAAGGUUCAUGUUCAACCGUGUGUUGAAUGGCUUGAUGCUGACAGGGAAUCAGGAGCUUUCACAGAAACUCUUGAGAAUGCAAGAAAAAUAUAGACGUUUGCAACGAGAAAUAAGACUGUAAUUGACAUAUGAUGUUUUCGAAACAUUUGAGAUUAUGUUCAUCUUGAGGCUUAGUUACAGAAGCAAGUUCUUGCCCUGAGAGCACUGUAUCAGUUUUAAAAAUACUCACAUGUGGUCCUAUGAUGAGUCUGAUGUGCAAAUAUCACUUGAUUAUCGCUUGUCGGUAUGUACUCUCAGCCUGUACAUGAAAUUUGCUCAAUUGGGUUUG